AACCACUUCCGGAAAACAGACUUGAAGAGGGGCAAGCACUUCCGGCGUGCAGCAAAUGAAAGUCGUUCAGGGUCAGCGGAAUAGCAAGUGAGGGCCGGCCCGCAGGUAGUGCUAAAAGGCUCAAAGGGACGAAAACGCAUCCCUAGUUUCUCAGCUAGAAUGAAGCACAUCAACCUGUCAUUUGCAGCGUGUGGGUUUCUGGGCAUUUACCACUUGGGGGCAGCAUCUGCUCUUUGCAGACAUGGCAAACAGCUCCUGAAGGAUGUCAAGGCCUUUGCCGGGGCCUCUGCGGGAUCCUUGGUUGCUUCUGUCCUGCUAACAGCUCCAGAAAAAAUAGAGGAAUGUAACGAAUUUACCUACAAGUUUGCCGAAGAAGUCCGAGGGCAGCCUUUCGGGGCAGUGACACCCGGCUAUGACUUCAUGGCCCGAUUGAGAGGUGGAAUGGAGUCGAUUCUCCCCUCCAACGCUCACGAGCUGGCCCACGACCGACUGUACGUGUCUAUCACCAACACCAAGACUGGAGAAAAUUACUUAGUCUCAAGUUUUCCCUCCAGGGAAGACCUCAUUAAGGUUCUCUUAGCCAGCAGCUUCGUGCCCAUUUACGCAGGACUGAAACCAGUGGAGUACAAAGGGCAGAGGUGGGUGGACGGAGGCCUCACCAAUAGCCUUCCCAUCCUGCCGGUAGGCCGGACAGUGACCAUCUCUCCCUUCAGUGGACGACUGGACAUCUCCCCGCAGGACAAAGGGCAGCUAGAUCUGUAUGUUAACAUUGCCAAUCAGGACAUAAUGUUGUCCAUGGCAAACUUGGUGAGGCUUAACCACGCCCUUUUCCCACCAAGCAAGAGGAAAAUGGAAUCACUGUUUCAACAUGGCUUUGAUGACGCCAUUCAGUUUUUACUUAAAGAAAAUUGGUUUGAGUAGAAUGCUUAAAAGUUUAUAACAGUGCA